UUCACUUGCCGCCAUGGACGUCGCUCAAACUCGCCUGAGGUCCGCCAGCAGCAGCUCUCUUCACCAUGCGUACAAAUCCCAUGCUCGGCCGCUCCCGGGUGGCGCGGGCACGCGGCCGCCAUCCCUUCGACGACCCCUUCGCAGUGUCAACGAAAAUUCGGCCUUGCUUCGCUCGCCAGGUCCGCUGGAGAGCAUGCUCAAAAAGACGACAGAGACGGGCGACAUUGGAAUCUUCUCCAUCAUGCCCGGAGCUUCUCCUGCCACGUAUCAUCAACCAGCUCGUCCACGCCGGUGUCUCAUAGACGCAGAGGCUUUACCAUCUGGGUCUUUCAAGGACUACGAGGGUGAAUUCUUGCCGGACGAGCAGAAGCGUCUUCGAUCCUAUCGCGAUACGACAUCCGAAAUCAUCUCUCUCUACUGUUCGGACAAUCAGCAGUACUGGAUGCGGCCUUCGUCUCCAAACAUUGAUGACGGCCAGCGAUCCUUCUCCUUGACCACGAGCAGCUCUCAGCAACUUCCCUCACAGAAGUCGUCAGGCACUCUUCAGAGUCAUUCGAGCAGCAAUGGCUUGCAGCGUCCCCGGUCUCCUUUCCCAUAUCCAACCCGACUGAAACGCCCGGGUAUCCGUCCCUCAUCUCCGGCUCUGGCAGAGAAUGGACUUGUAGACUACACGAGGAUGGUUGAGUUGGAUAGGACUUCGCAGAUCAAGUACAUCAUUGCCGUCUAG